AAACGGCGAGAAGCAUUCGGACCCAUCGCGGCAGACGGGGAGAGACGGACUUCCGUCCCGACGGACUCGGCGGCGGCGGCGGCGGCGGAUGGAGUGGGGCGACGAGUGGCUCGCCCCCGACAAGCUGCAGCACGUCCUCGCCUGCCUCCUCAUCGCGCUGGCCGCAGCCGCGCUCGCCGGCCGCAGCGCCCGCCCCGGCAUCCGCCGCCGCGCCGUGGCCGUCGGCUCCGUGGCCUCCCUCGCCGCCGGCGCCGCCAAGGAGGCCGCCGACGAGGCCGGGUUCUUUGGGUCCUCAGGUGCCUCGCCCAAGGACGCCGCCGCCGACCUCCUGGGCAUCGCGGCCGCCGCGCUCGUCGUCGCCCUGUUCCGCCGCGUCCGGCACCGCCGCCGCGAGAAGAAGGCGCGCGAGGAUGGCGCUCGCGACGGCGUCUCCAUGGUGUGACAGCAAGAGCCUGCGAGGAGGAUGCGUCGAUCUAUUAGCUCUGGUUUGCUUGUAGAGCAGUAGAGGCUACUGAUCUGGUCUCUAACAUCUGGAGACCGAUGUACCAAAGUUCGAUUUGAGGAAAGGAAGAUCUACCUUUUUUGGCU